UUAGGCCUGAGAAUGCUCCUUAGGAGUGUGAGUAUGCGCUUUACAAAUGUUGCAUUUAUUAUUAGUAAGGACCAACAUAGCCGCAGGAAGAGCAGACGAAUCAAGAGCUCUCGUAUUGAAGGAGGUUUAAAAGUCCACUUUUGCAGGACAGCGCUCCGUCGCAUGCUCCGAUUCCUUUGUUUUGUUUACAAUUUAUUUCAUUGAAAGAGGUUUGUAAACAUCUGUACACAUCAGACUGAGAUGAUUGGAAAUUUGGAAUAGACUUCACUGAUGGUGUUAUAGCACUAGAGACACCAGAGUUGAAAGAGAGGCUCUUGCGUGCAGCUUUCCAGUCAGCUGACAAUCAGUCUGAAAGAACAUAUUAACUGUUAAGUGAAUAAGUGUAAUCAAACUUUAACCCUAGGAAAACAGAAAGAUAUGUCUGUUUUGGAGAGUGAGGUACAGGCCCCAUGUAUUAUCAACAUAAAGAGUGAACUGAUAACUGUAGAGGAAGCACAAGAAGACUUAAGUGCUAAUGUAACGCUGAAAACAGAAUGUUCAUCCUGCUUUGAUUCAUGCAUGACAAAUUGCUCACAAAUCACUCCAAAGAAAUGUGAGAACAGCACUGAUAGAGAGUGCCAUAGCAUAAAAAUCAAACAUUGCUGCCAAUAUGCAACAUAAAAACUGGAAACUUGUUGUUAAAUUAAAGACUGAGAUAGAUUGGCCUGUUCAGUAUGUUAAUGGGGAGCAUAUUAAGACAUGUCAGCAGAACUUCCAAAACGUUACUUAUGAAGUAAAGACAGAGAAUGGUCUACAAGGCAGUGAAAAUUCAGCAGGGCUGCUUGCUUUUGAAGGUCACUCUAGUCAAGAAAUAGGUAUUCCAGCAAAUACAGUACAGAUUGAAGAAUACAGUGAGCACAUGGAAAUGGUGACUGCAGAGGCAGGCAAGAUAAGGUGCAGCAGGAAGUGCAGGGAACAGCACAGAAAGAAGACUCGCUGAUCCCCAGUGGUGGAGAAAAGCGUCAUCAGUGCAGUGUAUGUAAUGCUGCUUUUAGGUUCUUAUCCAGGCUAAAAAUGCACUUGCUGACCCAUAGUGAUGUUAAAACUCACAAGUGCAGCAUAUGUAAAGCUGUCUUCAAACGACCAGACCAUGUGAAGCAGCACAUGCAUGUCCACAGUGAGAGUGACGAGAAACCUCAUCAGUGCAGCGUGUGUAAAGCAGGUUUUAAACGCUCAGACAACUUAAAACAGCACAUGCUAGUUCACAGUGCAUCGCUGAAAGAGCACUUGCUAACUCCUAGUGGUAGUGAAAAGCGUCAUAAGUGCAGUGUCUGUAAAGCUUCUUUCACUUACCCAUCCUAUUUGAAAAUCCACAUGCAAAUCCACAGCGGUAUAAGACCUCACCAGUGCAGCGUGUGUGGAUCUUCUUUCAGAUACUUAAGUGCCUUAAAAGAGCAUGUGCUGAUCCACAGUGGUGAGAAACCUCACCAGUGCAGUGUUUGUCAGGCUGCUUUCAGGUGCUCAUCCAACUUAAGAAGGCACAUGGUGAUCCAUAGUGAUGUCAGGCCUCACCAAUGCAGCUUGUGUGAGGCUGCUUUUAAAGAAUUGCCCACAUUAAAACGCCACAUGCUAGUUCACAGUGACAGCGAUGUGAAACCGCAUCAGUGCAGUGAGUGUGAUGCUGCUUUUAGGUGCUCAUCUGAUCUAAAAAAGCAUAUGAUGGUCCACAGUGAUGUUAGGCCUCACGAGUGCAGUGUGUGUGAUGCUGCUUUUAGACACUUGUACAAUUUAAAAAAACACAUGAUGAUGCACAGUGACAUUAGACCUCACCAAUGUAUUGUAUGUAAUGCUACUUUUAGGCGCCCAGCCAAUUUGAUCAAGCACAUGCGGGUCCACAACAAGAGUGAUGUGAAACCUCAUCAGUGCAGUGUGUGUGAAGCCUCUUUUAGAUCCUUAUCUGAUUUACGAAAGCAUAUGUUGAGCCACAGCGAUAUUAAGCCUCAUCAUUGCAGUUUGUGUAACUCUGCUUUUAAACACUCCUACAAUUUAAAACGACACCUGCUGAUCCACAGUGAGAGUAAUGUCAAACCUCACCAGUGCAAUGUGUGUAAAGCAGCUUUUAGGUUUUCGUCCAAAUUAAAAGCACACAUGCUGACCCACAGUGAUGUGAAACUUCACCAGUGCAGCAUAUGCAAAGCUGUCUUCAAAAGGUCAGAUCAUGUGAAACAGCACAUGCAUGUCCACAGCGAGAGUAACGAGAAACCUCAUCAGUGCAGUGUGUGUAAAGCUGGUUUUAAGCGCUCAGACAAUUUAAAACAGCACAUGUUAGUCCACAGUAAUGUUUAAACUCCACCAAUGCAGUAUGCUUACUGCUCACUGUUGCACAGAAGUAUCUCAAGUUUAUUUACAGAUAAAUUCUGCCUUCCAGCGCAUUGAAUAUGAGGAAUGACACAAAAUUAACUGGCUUUGCCGCUACUUUACCUAAUGGGCUGACUCUUGUUGACUGCCCAAGAGGAAGAUGACACCAGACUUGGGAGACUGAUUUGCAACAAUAUGGACUCCUACUAUAGACAGGAGAUUGAUAAAUUUGUUGUAUGGUGUGAUGAUAAUUAUUUAAGAGUUGAAUGUUUAGAAAACUGAAAGAAACGAUUGUAUAUCUUAUGAAGGACAGGGUUAUUUUUGAUGAAAUACUUAUUAAAGGAGAAGUAAGAAGAGUGGAGAGUUUCAAAUAUUUAGACAUGACUGUUGAUGAUCAAGUUGGAAAGCUCAUGUAAAUAAAGUUAGGAAAGUGCAUAGAUGCCUUAAAUCUUUUUAGUAUUGAGAGGUAAAGCUAUUAAUGGCUUCGGCCUUUUAUUAUUCUACCAUUUCAAAUGGCAUAUUUGUUGACAUUGAGGCCUCACCAGUGUAUCAUGUAGCCGCCCGGUGGCGCAAUGGUUAGCGCCUGUCACCAAUACAGUGAAGGUUGACUGUCCUGGGUUCAGCUGUCAUCUUGGGCACACUAUUCUUUCUCUGCAUUACAUGGUUUACAUCUGUUUACAUGGUUGGCUGCCUUGCCAUGAUAUAGCCUUAGCUGCUGGCUUGGUGUAAAACACCAAUUGCCCCCUCACUCUUCAGGUCUAGCAUGUAGUUUUAUUGCAAAAUUGCUAUGAGGUAUCUCAUCCGCAUUCUGACAUUCAGCUGUCUAGUUGGUUGCUAUUGUUCUCCAUUCAUAAUAUCUGAACAUUUCAUUCAUUUUUUUUAACCAGUAAUGGCUUAUCUAUGCUGAUCAGCCCCCUACUCCCUAUCUGUGGGGUUGGGGUGUGUGGAAAGGAGAUUGGAUAGGUGCUGCAGCUAAGCUCCCUCUUAUGUGGUGGUAAAAGCAAGCCCUGCCUGUUAUGCCUUUAUGUUAGCCAGCCUAUAUUUCCUCUGUCUAUUUGGCAGCAGGUCUUCAUGAAAGAAGGUACCCUUAAGUAUAGUCUUGGAGUAUCAGCCAGGUUAUAUGACCAAACCAGACAGGAUUGCACUAUUCUAGUGCUGCCAGAAAAAGUUAUUGAUGUCCACUUAAUGCGUCCAUAGAUCAGGAUGGAACUAGCAGGGGUAGCAAGGGCCCAUUAAAGCAAAAUCUUUUUCACCAAGUUCGCUCUUCUUAGUAUAUUUGUUGUACAACAGAACAUUGUGCAAAAUACUUUAAUAAUCUCAAAUUGAAGUUGAAGAUUGUUCUACCACUGACAGAAUUAAGGUUAACAUCAUAUCCUUGCAACUAAUAGUUUUCUGUUUUCAUAUCCUUUAUGAAACUGCUGAAUAGUGUUUUUGGCAUUCUUCAUGCAUUAAAGAAUUUAGGAGUGAAUUCGAGAUAAUUAAAAAAAAAAUCUUUUUCAUCUUGAACAAUUUAAUCUAAUGAUCCAACUUCUUUGUUUGGGGAUAAUAAAAUCACAUGUCCUGAAAAAAAAGCCUGGAUCCUAGUGUUAUUCCAGCAAUUUUCUUAAGAACUACAGAUGUAGUUUCUAGAAUGUUGUUCCAUCAUUUGACAAGUUUCUGCCAAUCUUGAUCAGUCUAUAGUCUUUCUGACAAGAAACUUUUUGAUCAUGCUGGUAGCCCUAUAGGCACAUUGUUUCCAGGCUAGAAGUUAGUUAAGAUAUACAUGUUGCAACUUAGGAUUGAUCAUUUCAUUAUCAGUUAAUAUGGAUUCAUAUAUUUAUUAUGAAUAUAUAUAUAUAUUCUCACACACUUUUUAUUUUAUUUUAUUUCUCUUGUAAUGCCUCUUCACAAAGUUUUAUAUACAUUAAUAUGAUAGUUAUGGAUAAUAAUAACUGUGAGGGUUAAUAAAAAUAUGCACUGUUGCAGUUUUUCAAACAGAAAAAAAUGGCAGGUGCUUACAAUGAUAUUUGAACCCUG